AUGGCAGACCAGUCUCCGUCGAGACUGUCUGUCGCAGCGACCGUCGCUUUCCACAUCACCACUGCCAUCGCAGUCACCAUCGUCAACAAAUCAGUCCUCAAUACUCUACCGGUCCCCAUAACGCUUCUUCUCGCCCAGUCUGUGAUAUCGACAAUCAUACUAUGUCUCGCGUACAUGUUCAGACUGUACGUUCCGGCCAAGCUGGACUCGACAUACAUUCGGGGUGUUGCUCCGCUGCUGGCCAUCAAGAUUAUCGCACAACUUUCCAAGACGUAUUGUUUACUUAACGUCAAUGCGAGUUUUUACCAAAUAGCGCGAGGCCUCUUACUCCCAUUCACCAUCUUCCUAUCAUUCAUGUUCCUCAAGGACUCCCGACCGAGUAUGUGGGCUUCUGCGGCGUGUGCCAUUACGACGCUCGGUUUUGUGCUCGGCGUGUCCGGCGAAGCGGUCGGCCAGGCCACCAACAUCGGCAUAGCAUGGGGCAUUUGGUCGUCACUCACCACGGCCCUCGAGACCGUUCUGGUCAAGUACCUCGCCCUCAAGACUCGAGUUCUGGACCUCGUGUUCGUGACUUCUCUGGCCGGCAUCCCGGUCUUUUCCGUUCUGGCCUAUCUCAACAGCGAAAUGUCCCACUUGUCCGCUUUGGGGACUUUACAUCCUGUCAUGGUGACGUUUGAGAAGAAGGUGUUGUUGAGUGGAUUGUUCAAUUUCGCAUUGAGCGCGGCGGCGUACCUACAGAUUCGAGUGACUUCUCCUACGACACACAUGAUCUCAACUGCUGCAAGGGGCGUUUUGCAAUCUGCCUUGGCAGUGGUGUUUUUGGGAGCCGAAAGGCUGACGGCGUCCCGAAUCAAGAGUAUCGCAGUCAUCUUGACCGGCACUAUGCUCUACACUUUUAUCAAAGACAUGGAAAAGAGGGGAAAGACAAUCAAAGGUCAAAUCCUCCCUUUACAUACCACGGUUUCGCAACCACAAUCAACAAACCCCACGGCUGGUGAAGAGGGUGUUCCACUCGUGGAACCCAAGGGGACCGAGGAGAAAUAG